UCCAUCGAUGAAAUUCUGAUUUCUGUAGUGUUUCUUAAAAUUUACGCAAAAAAUAAUUGAAUAAUUAAAUAGCUGUCGUCAUUUAUACGACGAUAUUUAGUAUAAGUUUGAGAAGUUCAGGGUGAACUGUGAAGUUUAUAAAAGUGUUUCAGUUAUAAUAAUAUCUUGACUUUCGUGAUAUCAUCUUCUCUUUACUUUUUAAGCGGCGUCGAGUGACAAUGCGCCCGCGCCGCCGAUAAAAGUCGCAAGUGACUAUCUAGUACCGAAGCUAUGGCGUCCGUGUGGAAACGUCUCCAACGCGUGAACAAGCGCGCAGCCAAGUUCCAGUACACCGCCUCUUAUCAUGACGUGGAGAUCGAGCUGACGCCCAAAUGGAAACCAAACAAAUUAAGUGUGGUUUGGACAAGACGAUCCCGCAGAGUUGUGACAGACCCCUUGGAUUGGGAACCCUCACUUAAGGAUCCCUUGACUGGCUCCGUGUUGUUCGGUGUGGAGAAUAAGACGAUUGAUGUGACUUUGUUUCGGGAUUCUCGCACUAAUGAGCUAGAGGAUAAGGACUGGAUUUUUGUCUUAGAAGAUGUAUCAAUCACUGGUAAGCGCCGUCGCCUCGCGUCGUGCGCUAUAAAUCUGCGCAGGCAUGCGUCUCUUGCGCCGGCGCAUAAGGAAUUGCGUCUGAAUCUCGACCCGCUUACAAAGAAGCUGAAAGCUGCCAGACUACGAUUGACGCUGCACUGCGUGCUGUUGCGCGAGGGACAGGCGACAGAUGAAGACAUGCAGUCGUUAGCCUCACUACUCUCCGUCAAUAACAACUCGGACAUCGCUGUGCUGGAAGAUCUGGACGAAGACGACUACACUCUGUCCGACCAGUCUACCAAACAGAUGUUAGAUCUCCGUCAACAAAUGGAAGAAAUGACACAGAGCUUGACCAAUAGCGACAUCGCAGCGACCCCCAACAGCGUGCAGAGUCUCAACUUUGAUUCUCGAACCCCCACGGCUCCGAUCACCCCUGAGCCGACUACUCCAGUAACACCUGUUCAUCCCAGUGAGGCCAUAACGCCGAGGAACAGGCCUGAGUAUCUCAGUAGCCUGACAAGAGCCAUGCAGGCUGAACCCAAAUACUCGUCGACACCAAAACCAUUCAUUGUAGAAGAAAAAAACGAAGCGUUCAAAGUUUCAGGCACGGUGUUCAAGCCGAAGACAGUCGCAAAACGGAACCUCAAACCCUUGGAGCUGAAGGGUAACUUGAACAGCAUCAGUUUAGAUAGAAAUGACAACGAGCGCGCGGAAGACAAAACACCAGUGCCGGUAAUAGAGAAGGACAAGACACCGGUGGUGGAUUUGUUGGAAUGGUGCAGCAGCAUUACUCGGGAAUACCCCAGCUGUCCUGUCACAGAGCUCACCAGCAGUUUCCGGUCGGGACUAGCUUUCUGUGCGGUCAUACAUCACUUCCGGCCCGAUCUUAUUGACUUCUCGGGCCUGCAGCCCGGGGAGAGCGAGGAGAACGUCCGCAAAGCUCUGGAAGCGAGCAGCAAGCUGGGCAUCUCCCAGGUGUUGACUGUGAACGACGUGUGCUCGAGCACCGGCCCUGACAAGCUAGCGGUGAUGACGUAUCUGUUCCAACUGCGCGCACAUUUCACCGGCAACGAACUUCAAGUUGAGCAGCUGGGUAACGACGAAACAGAGUCGUCGUAUCUGGUCGGUCGUCACGACACAGACGACUCUUUGCCCCCGGAGUUGUUCUCGAGGGAAGUCAGUACGAGACGCUCCAGGAAUACCCUCGACAGAGGAAUGUUCAUUAAGCAAGAUUCUCAAGAAUCGCGCAAAUCGCAAGACCUAUCUCCGGACAAGUCGCCCGGAAUCAGGGACGUCAAAGAUAUGCUGCUGCAGUCCAAGAAUAUCUUCGGGAAGAUGCUAUCACCAGUUCGCGACAGCCAAAAAGCCAGCGCCAAGUGGUUCACCGAGGUGAAUGAGCCUCUUCCACGUCCAGAGAUUCUGAUGACCCGAAAGGAGUUGACUGAUCCGUUCGGCUCUGAUGAUGAAGAGGAACCUCGAAAUGAGACCGGCGCCGCAAAUGUGAAAUCUGAACGAAAGUCACCAGAAACUGUGCAAAGUGAUCCCCUAAACGUGACCCAGUUGAACGGUUCGGUUGAAGGCAAAAUUAUCGAAAAGCCCAAAGCCGAUUCACCGGAACUUCCAAAGCCCACACCGCAAUUAUUAUCGCGUCACGAUGAGCUUAAAGAGCGAGCAAGACAGCUGCUGGAAGCUACAAAACGUGAAGCUAAAGAAAGAGAGAAAAUUAAGAGGCUAAGUUCCAAAGAAAAUGAUGAUAGUAAAACUGAAAUUGUAAAUAGAAUCAAAAAUGGGGAUAGUCCACGAAAGAGUAUGACGGAAGAAGAGAGACAGGCUGUUCUGAGGGAAAGGGCGAGGAAAUUGAUAGCGGACGCCAGAGCGGGUAUAGUCAGUCCAAAAUCUCCGCGGUCGCCCACACGAGGAACGGUGGAAAUUAUCAGCAAACAUUCGGUGAUGGAAGAAUUAGCUGCUGCUGGUGGCAUGGAACAUUUGGAGGGUAUUAUGAACAGGGAGUCCACCCCUUCGACUCCCGGCUCCAGGAAGAGUACAAGGACUCCAGAUAGAAAUGAAGUCGACAGUGAAGAUAGAGACGGCAAGGGUGUAUCUAACUCUGUCGAUUCGCCGCUACAUUCGUUCAGUGAUCUCGUCGACAUUAUGUCUCCGAGUGAAAACCUGCUGGACGAUGAUCAGAUUGGUGCUCAUAGCAGCUACAUAUCGAGCGAGGUGGAAGCACUGGAGAGGGAACAGCGGAUGGUUGACGAGAAAGCGGCUGCGCUUGAGUUACACCUAAGGAGGGUUAUGGACAGGGCUGACAAUACAGAGGAAGAAGACCGAUUGAUGUCUCAGUGGUUCAACCUGGUGAAUAAGAAGAAUGCUCUCCUCCGGCGACAAAUGCAACUCAAUAUUCUUGAACAAGAAGAGGAUCUUAGUCGUCGCUGUGAGCUUCUAGCGCGGGAGUUACGACUCUCCCUCGGCGUCGAUGAGUGGAGAAAGACACCGGGGCAGAAAAGAAGGGAGCGACUAUUAUUGCAGGAAUUACUGUCGGCAGUGAACGAGAGAGAUCGUCUUGUUCAAGAAAUGGAUGAGCAGGAAAAAGCGAUUGCCGAAGACGACGAAAUCCAAAGAAAUCUCUCGAAUGUUGAAAUACAAAGGAAAAACAAUUGUAUACUUCAGUGAAUAAGUAACAAUUCAACUUAUUUGUAAUUAUAAUAUGAUAUUAUCUAAUUAUUAUAAGGAAUUGUGCUAUAAAUCUCACAACUGUACAUUUUGUUAUUUUAGAGUGAUAUCAUUCACUUCUGGGAUUCAUUAUACAAAUUAAAUUUGUAAAUAAAAUUUACGAACGAUGCGGAACUCGAAAUGCUCUCAAAUUGUUUAGAUUUGAAAGAACGACAUCUCAAGUCAAUUUCCUAAUACGCGAUUAUUGGGAUUGAGAAGGUUAUCAACUGUAAAAUAGAUCGUGUAGAUGAAGCCACACCUGAGAUUUGAACAAGAUAUACCAAAAAAAGGAAUCAUGCGUCACUCGAAUAAAUGAAUGAAAAUACUUACAAAUUUAAUUUGUAAAAUGGCAGAUGUGUGACGAUUCAAUAUGGCGGCCUUGGCUCAAUUCAAUUAUCCCACUCAGAAAAAAAUAAUAUCAAUACUUAUAAUAUUUUAACACAAGAUAUUUAGUUCGAUUUGACAUUAAUCUCUACAGACAUUCAUAUUAAAUAGUCGACAACUAUUUAUUUAUCUAACUAAAAUAUUAUAAACACAUAAAAUAUUCUGCAAUACCUUAAAUACAAAAUUUGUGCUUCAUUACUAGUCGUUAUUUGAAUGAACUCUUAAUAUAAGUAAUUAAUUUGUGUAUGAAAAUAUAAUCAAUUGUCUAAGCGAACACCUGCUUAAAAAUGUUUGGAGUUUUAAUCUACUAUCCGCAUAUUAUAUAUGCGACUAUCUAUGAAUUGUAAAUAAACAAGUCUUAUAAUAUAGUAAAAAAGUUGGCUUAAGGACUUUUCUCCAAAGCUGUUAAUGAAUAUAUUCAAAAAGAAAUUCGAAUAAAAAACAGCGAACAUGGCUUACAUAAUGUAAAGGUUCUUUUAUAGUUAUAUCUAUGCAACUGUUGUGUAAUAAGGGGCAUUAAAACACGAGUGUGGGUUUAUCAGACGAGCCGAAGCCGAGUGUGAUUGACGAAUCACAUGAGUGAUUUAAUACCUAAUUAUCAAGAGUUGCAUUAUCAAGACUUUAUCUACACCCAUAAUAUGAAUCCUCUAUAAAAGAUUCUGAAACAGUUAGCUUACUGCUAAUCCAAUAAGCUGUUUUAGAAUUUUUAAUAGAGGAUUUAAAAAAUGGGUGUAGAUAAAGCGUACAAAAUUACAGAAAAAUAUAAAUACUGGUAAAUUUGAAACAGCGCCAUCCAUUUGUGAAUUGACAAAUGAAUGUGAUGGUAGAAUCUGACUUUCGAUUUAAUAAAUCUAAUAAAAAUGUAGGAAUAAGUACAAGGAACAACGCCGUCUGUUGUGUUGGAUCGACAUUGUUCAAUGUAAAUAGACGCUUACAAAAUGGCCUUAUUGAAUACUCAUACAUAGAACUAUGGUUCAUUAAAUUUUACAUUCGCAUUAAUUAGUUUUUAAAUAUAACGUAUAAUACAUUAUAUAUGUUUGUUGGUGACGAUGUUACGGCUAAAUGUGUUUUGAUAAAAAUAUGACAUAAUAUUAUGUGCGCCUUACAAGACUAGCGGUGGGCUAUGAUGGCCGUUUUGAUAAUGCAAUAUCUUCAUGAUUCCUAAAAAAUAUUUUAUGUUAUAUGCGCUUUAUAGGAAGUAUUGGACAGUAAAUUGACAUAUUUUGUCAAAAAUGCCAUCAUACGUCGCUGGUAUCUUCGAGAUGUAUAUAAAUUUUAACUGUGUUCAGUUUAAUUUAACUUACAUUGAAAAACAAAACAAUUAUAUUUUUAACCAAAGACAUAAAUAUAUAGUUUUAUUAUGAUUUAUAUUGCACUUUAUUGUGAAAUGUAGUAUUUUUUUAACAUAAGUCCACAAUUUAUUAUGAUUUCUCUUAUGAAAUAAUUUAGUUAUUCAAAUAAUUACAUAGAAUCUGGAAAAAUAAGAUAUUUUCUGGCGAUUUUUUAAUAAGUACAAUUAGUAUCUAAAUAUGGCGUGUACAAUAUUUUAAAUGUUUUAAUUGUAAAUAUUAUAAUUUAUUAUUAUUGCUUACUGAUAAUAAUAGAUAAUUUACUGCCACGAGUAGGGAAUUUGUCUAAUAAUGUACACGUUCUUUGUCGAAGCGGUGAAAUUUUGACGCAUGCAGAAAUUGCAAUAGGUUCUAAUUCAAAUGUUUAUUCUGUAAGUAGGCUGUUCAAAUAAUAUUUAUAAUAUAAUAAAAAUUGUCGGUCUAAAAAUAGUAAAGGAAUUAUUCUCAGAUAUACCGAAUAUACAAAGAUGAUAUCAUAAAAAUCGCGGAGGAGUUUGCCGACAAACACUAUGACACGAGAAUUAUAUAUUAUAUAAGAUAAUAAUGAUAACUACUUAAUAAUUAAUAUAUAUUAUUUAAUUAUUGAAUACUACCGACAUUUAUAUUUGUUUUGUAAGCUUUAUAAACAUUGAUUGAGUUUGUAACACACCAAAGCUUAUCAUAAUAAAGCAAAGGUGUUCAAUACAAGGCUGUGCAAACAGCUGUUACAACACAAUACCUAUGUGUGCAGCGACAACAAUACUUACUGACAUGUAAAUGUUAACCAUUAAAUAUUUGGAUUAAAUGUGUUUUUUGUAAAGUUGAUUGUUAGUGCGUGAAUAUUAUAUUUCGUGACCACAGCAGGUAGUCAAAUCAUGUAAGUAUUGCUUUUUAGUAUCAUGUAGUUCAAAAAAAUACAGUUAUUAAUGUCAAAAGUUUAUCAUACAUUUACUACUUACCACAACUUCGAGUACCCCACAUUAGAAUCACUUUGUAUCAAAAAAACUGUCAUGUUAUGUGUGUAAAAAUAUCUAAUUACCAAAAGAAAUAAGAGAGGAGACAGUGUUAAAUAUAUUUAAAUUAUUAACACUAUUAAAAACAUUAUUGUUUUUACUCAAUAAAAGAAUAUUAUUAAACGAAGUGGUACCAAUACUGUUUUUCAUAUUAUAAUUUUUUGUGAUUAUUUUUGCUACAUUAUCUCUUAACAUUUUAUUAAUUAUUGUAAAUGUAGGGUCUUUUAGGUAUGGCUUUACGUUGGUCAAAUUAAAGUAGUAGUAAUUAUUGAUGGUGUUAGGUUAUAAUAUUACUACUGAAAUAUUUGCAUGUCUGUCAAGACGAAACAUGUGCCUACUCUUAAUUUGUAACAACUUUACUUGUGAAUAUUACUGGCAAAUAAAGAACUUUGACUAUGACUUCGCAAAACUUUGAGCUUUAUUGAGAAAAAGUGACUAGAAACACAUUGCUAUUGUUUUAAAAUAAACAAUUAUAUUGUUAAACCAACUAUGUAUUUAAUUUAUAAUCUAUGUAAAGAGAUUCAACUAAAAGAUUGGUAGUUUGAAAACGGUUCUAUUAAUUGGUGGUGUUUGAAAUGUUUGAUUGGAUGUGACGACAUUAUGGAGUCACAUAGAUGGACGCCUAUCCUAUUCUCAUUGCGUGGAGAUUAUAAUUAAAUAUUCGAGGUAUCUCUAGUGGAUCCUUGCCAUAUAAAAUUUUCAUGUAAUUUGAGGUUAGAAAUAGAAUCUUCUGUCUGAUGUUAUUUUAGUCAAGUUAGUUACGUACCAGGUGUCGAGAUGCCGUCUGGAGUACGGGCCUAAGAAUCUCUUCAUUAAUUAUUGGUUAAAAUUAAAAUGAACUGAGUGUUAUUUAUUACCUAUUACAGACACGUGUUAUGUGUCAAGGUAUUGUCAAACAUUAAUGCGAACCGAAGCGGUGACGUCAACCUACAAAGAAGCCACAGCGAACCGAAAGCGGAGCGUUGAGAGCCGCCCGCGCCGCUCGGGUUAACGUUUUCUAAAUAAACACAACCGUCGUGUUUGCUAAUAUAACUAUCUCGCUGACGCCCCGCUUCGUAACACCACGCGACGCCACGCCACGCCACGCCACGCCACGUAUUCGGUUUGCUUUCGCUUGUAUCGUAUGUGACUAGAUUCAAACGAUACAAUAAUACAUAAUAAAAUGAAGCGCUUCGCCACGCCUUCAGCUUCGGUUCACUGUCUGAUUGACAAUAGCUUUAGGGUGAUAGGCGCAUGUCUUCGGUAUGAUUUGUGGUAUGCCAUCCGUUAGGUCAUUUUAUGAUGUGUAUCAAGCUUUAUUUACAGCGUUUUAUACAACGAUGUUCGAAAUUUAAUCAGUUCAUUUAAUGCUUGGAUGUCUUGCGAAUGAAUUGGCUUUGAGCCCGUCCACUUAGCCUUACGGUCCGUUGAAUUGGAUUAUUUUGAGCUCAGAUCAUUUAUACAUCUAGACUGUGACACCUGUGAAAAAAAUGACUUUGACAGCUAACCUCUUUUUUUUUGAGCAAUACAUGCAUACUAACACAAAGUGACACAUAAAUUGCGAGUGUAAGACGUAGCUUGUCUAAAGUACUAAAUGUCACCAGUGAACGUCGCGUGGUUGACGAGUAUACAGUAUAUAUCUGACGUGAUAACGUCUUAGACUCGAGCUUCAAUAACGAGCGAAUGUUUGUCGUAGCCCGCUAGUAAUAGUAAACGGGAGCGCAUCAAAGGGUUUUGUCGCGACAACAUUCGCAUGCGAUCUAUACUUGGACGCUUCAUUAAAAUUCAGGUCGGUCGCGCGGUAGGCGAUCUAAUUGACUGCGUAGAUGUAGCCAAGACCAUGGCCCGACCCGUAUAAGGUGCUUUUGAUGACACGAAACAUAUACCGCUGUUGAAGCCUGAGCAGUACAAAUAGAUGAACGCCGGCUGCACUUAUUAUAUAAUAUAUUGAUUAUCAAAUAAAAAGUCUGAAUAUAACUGUAUUUUAUAAUUUAUUUUUGGGUGCUAUUUUUAAUUGGCUAAUGAUUCAUGAAUUUUUUAUGGGCAAAUAUCGCGUUUUUAUUCGCGUAUUUGAUAGAUUUCGGUAAAUGGUUACGGAUUGUUAAUUUUUUUACACAAAUUAGGUUCAGUCGCGGUUAUUCUGGUCAUUGACAUUAGCGCCUCUGACACAAUACAGUAAUAAAACAGUACCUUCACUUCAUACUAGAGCGCCCGGAUCGACGCAGACACACAUACAUACAAUUUAUAUAGCCGCUAAGCUAUCUUGGACAGAGCCAACUAUUGAAUACCGCGCUCAGACUGGUCGCUGUCUGAGUUGAAUUAGCUGCGCCGCGCCGUCCGCGUCUUCUCUGUUUAUGUAUGAACCAACACUAGCGCUCCGCUAUGACGCAGGUAUACAUUUGAAGCAGAUCCCUGAGUUACGAUACUGUUCUAUUACUUGUAUUAUGCCUCUGCCAAUUACAACAUGCGCAUACUACUGUUCACCCCUGUGUAAGAAAGACAGAGUUAUCAAACAGUUAUCUUACCGGCGGAUAUUUAUGAGCAAAUUGUAAUAUGCACAAAGUUCAAUGACCGAAAUUCGCUCCCGUGAGUGGCUGGGUUUUGUAAUGUUAAAAAUCAAAUUAUCUCUCUCUAUUAUGAUUAUGAGCACCAUUGGUGUUGCUAUCUACCAACAAUUGAGUUUUUAUAUAAAAUAAUUUUCUGUGUCACAUAUACUUGCCAUAGAUAAUUUACACAUCCACAUAGAUUGUGACAGCUGUGAAUACUUCAAAAAAUAGCGGCGAACCUUUAUUUUCAUCAACGCUGACACACUAAUACAAUGAGGCAUACGUAUCGCGAGUAAGACUUAGACUAAAAAAAUAAACCUGCCUGCUGUCAUGCGUUGCCUAAUAGCAAUAAAAGACUCUUCCUAGACUUAUAAAUUAUCUAAGAUAUUUGCGAUAUCUAGAAACGUAGCAUGGACUGGGUGUGGUAAUAGGGUGCGGUAAUAGCGGUGUCAAUAUGUAAUAAGAGGUGCCUAGCAGGGGCGUGCAUCGGCCUUCUACCAAAGCAUGCUAGUACGUAGGUAGUAGUCGUAAUCUGCUUGAUGUUGUUUGUGUUACAUAUAGUUAUAGUUUCCGGACCAUUUGUUCAACCUCAUACUUUAGUUUAUGUAAUAAUAAUAAUAUUAAAAUAGUUAGGUAUUGCACAGCUAGUUGUGCUUUUGUCAUGUCAAUUUUGUGGUCUUAAUACGCCUCUGUCAUAACCAGAAUGCGUAACCAUAACCCGUAUUCACAAACGUUGCUUCCUUGCGUAUAGCAGCAACGCAAUGCUAAGUUUGAUAUUUUGCAGUGCAUGCGGUCUGCCAAACCUUUCAUUUCUUAAACAAUACUUAAAGGACAUCUUGCUUUGCGGCCGCAUCGUAUUAAAUGAAGCGCUGUGAUUGGUCACCGUUGUGUUGCGACAGAGGACAGAUACAAACGUCAAUGAUUUCUGAAAUUAUUUCCGGUUGUAGUACUGGUGCCAGUAAAUAUUUUUGAUAGCCGUUACCACUAUCUUCUAAAAGUAUGUCAUAUGUAUGUCCUUGUUCCAUAUUUUUUUGAAGGACAGAGCUUUGGAAAAUUCGGUUGUCAUGUAUAGCUCCAGGUGGAUCAGCGGCAAUGUCAUAUAUUUGUAGGUCAGGUCCGCAUAUAAUCUGUACAUUAAUUAUAAGUAGAUGAAUAUUUUUUUCAGUUCUUGAAUACUUCCGCAUAAGAACCACAACCAGGUAUUAUAUAAUAAUUAAUUAUAUAAUAUAAUUAAUUAGAUAAUUCCAGGAAAGCCACCUAUUAUUGAUUGUCAACAAUCAUCUAUGAGGCGGCCCAGUCCUGGGACUCGAACUGUUGCAACCUCAACUAAAACAGAUGUGGCACCGUCACCAAUAACUGGUAUACCGGGUGUCCCAAAGUUAUGGGACAUGAGGAGAAAGUACCUUAAAUAUCGAAGAUAGGCUAUUUUACUGAAAGAAGACUUUAUGUUAUUUUUAAAAGUUAGUCAUUCUGCAUUCAAAGAUUUUCUAAAAAUUACUUGCCUCGUCUGGGAAUCGAACCGACUUAAAUGUAAAGAAAAACACCCCUAGUCUUAUGAUGCCAAUCGACAGAAUGGCCAAGAACUAAUAACUCUUCUUCUUCUUUUAUUUCAUGUCCCAUAACUUUGGGACACCCUGUAUACCCCUUAUUUACAGGAAGGCCUCUGCUGGUUAAUUUCAAAAGGUCUGCAUUUAUUAAACGUAGAAUAACAUUUAAACUAUAUCUUUUGGAAAUCUAUAGCGUAUUUUGAAUUCCUCGGCACUGUAAUAGUCCAAAGGACUAUGAAAAUCUUGAAUCACAAUCUCUCACGGAUAUAAUUAUACAAACUCUUCCCUAUUGUAAUCCAUUAUAUUAAAAGCAAUAAAUACGAAAUAUCACUAGCAAAAGUGGCAAUCAACAAGAAAACAUUUGUUAUAUUAGGUUUUACUAUUACCCGAUAUACGGUUUGACAUGCGCUAUGCGAACCGUAAAGUACUUUACCUGUGCGCUCGUAUUGGUGAACGUAUAGUGACCUCAUAGUAACGUUUGUGAAUGCGGGUGUUACACGAUUAUAUAAGUAGCCGUAUUUAAAAAAAACACUUGAAUUAAUCAUUGUUAUAUUUUCUACAAAGUCAUUUUAUAUUGCUACUUUUGUUGUAUAUAUAUUUAGGUUCUCAACAAGGUAGACACUGCCUUGCCUAUAUGUUAUGCACGCCCCUAGUGCCUAGCGCAAAUAGCAGAUAGCGGUUUAUCACUAUAGUGUUGACGCUUGAAGUGCAUUAUUAAUAAAUAAUAACAUAAACACAACUGUACGUCCUGUGCAUUUGUAUCCCUCACCGAUGGAUAUUCCUCCCACUAUCUAAUGUGAGUUGAAGAAAUGGCUAUUUACAAAUAAGCUUUAGGUAUAACAUAGUUUAUAGGCUUGUGUAUAUAAUUUAAAUUAAUACAAUAUUUAAUGUAACUUAAUCGUCCUGUAGUUGGCUUAGUACAAAUAUAUAAGUAGUGCUACAUUUAUCGAAGGCUUCGGGUACGUUCGGGUUAUUUCGUCAAUCAUAUCGUCAGAUGUAUUUUUGUAUUACAUUACACGUGUAAGUUGGAUCUCAAAGACACCUUUUACAAUGCAGUGGAGUUAUCUUUUAUGUUAUUGGUAAACUAUAGUAUCAAACAAGUUUAAUAUUCUAUCAAAAAUCUGGAGAUUAAAGAAAAGCCAACGUUAACUCUGAUUGCUAACCUAUAUUAUAAUUUUUAUUCAAACUGUGUUAAAUUUAACAGAAGAAUAUUUUCUUUUUGGUUUUCUUUAAAAAAUGUAUUUGCCAUGUUGUUGGGUUUAUUGAGUCAAGAUCUAAUAGAUCAAUAAUCUAAUAUAAAAAAUGUCAACUGAAUAUAAUUCUUACUGCAUUUUAAUAACGUCCAAUUUUAAAAACUACAAUUAUUUCAAAAUAUUUAUAAUUAUUACAAUGUAUUUUUGCAAAAUAAUAAAAUAAAAUUGCAAUAAAUUGUCUGUAUUUAAACGCUAAUGUCUGGUCCGUAAUGAAAUAAACUGAUUAUGUAUUUA